UCGGUCAUUUUACUAGUUCACUUUGAGUCUCACAACUGCCAAAUCACAUUUGAGGUGAUCACAGCAUCUGAAGUUGAACAUCUAUCUCUACCUCUUAUCCGUCCUCACCCGCUACAUCAGUCAUCGUUGGGUACAUCCCGUCCAAGUACUACUUGGUUUAGUCGAGUGUGUUACCUACCAGCAGCCAUGGCCUCCACGAAGCGCAUCGCGAAGGAAUUCGCAGACUGCACCACCGCCCCACCCCCUGGCAUCUCCAUCACCCUCCCCUCUGACGCCGACCUACACACCUGGCACGUCACCGUCACGGCGCCCCCCAACUCCGUCUACGCCCCCGGUCGCUUCGGCCUCAUCCUCAAGCUUCCCACCGAUUACCCCUUCAAGCCUCCGACCAUCAAUUUCACGACGCGCAUCUACCACCCCAACAUCACCAACGACUCGCUGGGGAACAUCUGCCUGGGCCUGCUGAAAUCCGAGAACUGGAAGCCCGCGAGCAAGAUCAUCAGCGUGCUGGAGGCUGUGCGCAACAUUCUCGUCGAACCGAUGCCCGACGACGCGCUCGAGCAGCGCAUUGCGGAUGAGUACCGGAGGGAUCGGCCCGAGUUCGAAAAGAAUGCAAGGGCGUAUGUGGAGAGGUAUGCGAAGGGGUCGGUGAAUUUUGUGCAGGCUCCUCCCCCUCCGGAGAAGAAGGAUGGUGCGCCUGCGGGUGCUACUACUGGUGCUGUGAAUCCUGGUCGCGCUGCUGGUAGGCAAGGAGGUGCUAGCUCGGGUUCGGCGUCCCGCCCUGCUCCACCUGCGUAGGGGCAGGGGCGUAGGUGAUAGGUGGCUGCUAGAAGAUAUACGCUUUUUGUCACUUGAUGAAGCUGUUCAAAAUGCAUAGCGAUGACACAGAGUCUCUGUGAUACGAGCGACGUGAUGCGUAACGGGGAUGGGAGGUU